UAUAGUCUCCAGCAGCAGACCUCAGGCCCUUCAGCACUGGGCUAGCUCCAGCACCAUGGCUGGCUUCUUGCAGAUGACCCUAGCCUUCAGGAAAUACCUGAUCAUAGUGUUUGUACCCCUUUUGUUUCUUCCUCUGCCUCUGGCUGUUCCUACCAAGGAGGCCCGAUGUGGUUACGUUAUCAUAGUGAUGGCACUGUUUUGGUGCACGGAAGCCUUGCCGUUGGCUGUCACAGCUCUCUUUCCUGUCCUGCUGUUCCCACUAAUGAGUAUCAUGGAUUCAACAACAGUCUGCAGGGAGUAUUUGAAGGACACCAAUAUGCUAUUUAUUGGGGGACUGCUGAUGGCCAUUGCUAUUGAGAAUUGGCACCUACACAAGCGUGUUGCUCUGUGGGUCUUGCUUAUCACUGGUGUCAGACCAGCCCUACUUCUCAUGGGUUUUAUGAUUGUGACCGCCUUCCUGUCGAUGUGGAUCAGCAAUACCGCCACCACUGCCAUGAUGGUCCCGAUAGCACAAGCGGUGUUGGAACAGUUGCACAAGUCUGAAAUGGAGUCUAGCACAGCUGGCCAAGCAUCUGAAAACAUCAAUAAAGCCUUUGAACUGCAGGAAGAGUCAAAUAAACCAGAUAGCUCCAAAGAAACAGAGGAAAAAGGUAAUAGUCAUGUCCUGACAGUUGAGGAAGACAAAAAGAGAAAUGAAGAUCUGCUAGAGGAGAAACACAAGAAAUUCUGCAAGGGAAUGUCUCUCUGUAUCUGUUACUCAGCCAGUAUUGGAGGGAUUGCAACUCUGACUGGUACAACACCAAAUCUGGUACUGCAAGGACAAGUUGAUGAGCUCUUUCCUAACAAUGGCAAUAUCAUCAACUUUGCCUCCUGGUUCUCCUUUGCUUUCCCCACUAUGAUCAUGUUACUGGUUUUGGCAUGGAUUUGGCUGCAGAUACUGUACUUGGGCUUUAA